CACUCUGCCCACUCUCUGGGGGUCGGUCCGGCCCGGCCCGGCGCCGGCCUCGGGCGGCUCGGCUCUCCUCCCCCCAGUCGGUAUGAUGCAGCAGUGCCGCAGGGACGGGGGAAGAGCCGAGGCCGGGCCUCCUACCCUGCCCAGUGCCCCUGGCUCGUUUGUCAGUCCCCACCCCACUGCGGGCCGGCAGCCCCUUAAACUCGUACCCACCGUUCGGAGGGGCCCCGGACUGUGGGCGCUGUUUCUGAAUCCUUUGGUGGGGGCUGCUGGACUUUGGGGCUCUUGGAGAGACUUCCGGGCAGGUCCUGAGGGAGGGAGGGUGGCUCUCGGAAAGAAGAACAGCCGUGUUGCCGCCCGCUGUGCUAUGAGCAGUCAGAGCGCCGUCUCCACAAGAGUUUACAAAUGAAAAUGGAGGACAUGUCUUUGUCUGGCCUGGAUAACAGCAAACUAGAGGCCAUCGCUCAGGAGCUAUACGCGGACCUGGUCGAGGAUUCUUGCUUGGGAUUCUGCUUCGAGGUGCACCGGGCUGUCAAGUGUGGCUACUUCUUCCUGGACGACACGGACCCCGAUAGCAUGAAGGAUUUUGAGAUCGUGGACCAGCCAGGGUUGGACAUCUUUGGACAGGUUUUCAACCAGUGGAAGAGCAAGGAGUGUGUUUGCCCCAAUUGCAGUCGCAGCAUAGCUGCCUCCCGCUUUGCUCCCCAUCUGGAGAAGUGCCUAGGAAUGGGUCGGAACAGCAGCCGAAUCGCCAACCGCCGGAUUGCCAAUAGCAACAACAUGAACAAGUCUGAGAGUGACCAAGAGGAUAACGAUGACAUCAACGACAAUGACUGGUCCUAUGGCUCGGAGAAGAAAGCCAAGAAGAGAAAAUCAGACAAGCUAUGGUAUCUCCCAUUCCAGAACCCCAAUUCCCCUCGAAGAUCCAAGUCUUUAAAACACAAAAAUGGGGAACUUAGCAACUCGGAUCCUUUCAAGUAUAACAAUUCAACUGGGAUCAGCUAUGAGACCCUGGGGCCAGAGGAGCUGCGUAGCCUGCUCACCACGCAAUGUGGGGUGAUUUCUGAACACACCAAGAAGAUGUGCACAAGGUCCCUGCGCUGCCCCCAGCACACGGAUGAGCAGAGGCGAACCGUGCGGAUUUACUUCCUCGGGCCCUCAGCCGUCCUGCCUGAGGUCGAGAGCUCCCUGGAUAAUGACAGCUUUGACAUGACUGACAGCCAAGCCCUGAUCAGCCGGCUCCAGUGGGACGGCUCCUCGGAUCUCUCACCCUCUGAUUCAGGCUCCUCCAAGACGAGUGAAAAUCAGGGAUGGGGUCUCGGCACCAACAGCUCGGAGUCUCGGAAAACCAAGAAAAAGAAAUCCCAUCUGAGCCUGGUAGGGACUGCCUCUGGCCUGGGCUCCAACAAAAAGAAGAAGCCAAAGCCACCGGCGCCCCCAACGCCCAGCAUCUACGAUGACAUCAACUGACUCGGGUGCAAGGGAUAGCCUUUGGCUGAAAAGAGCCCUCUCUCCCGACCCCCACCCAGGUGGCAAAGCCUGGCAAACGGACAGCUGCUGGGGGUUUGGGCUUGGGAAGCUUGGUGGGCCAGGCAGGCGGAGGAUCCAGUUAUGCACCCCUGGGGGGUGUCAGGGUCUUCUGCAAUGGAGCACGACUCCUCGGCGUGCGGGACUCAGACCUGGACUUACUAUGCCUUGGACAUAAGUUUGGUGGGGAGGCGGUUUUCCUAUUUAUUCUGUGAGUUACUGGAUGUCCAGCUAGGCCAGGGGCCUGACCUGGGCACUGUGCCAGGGCACUGCCUGCCCCCACCCCAGGAACUGGACUAAGCCCUGCCGAGGGGCAUCAUGGCUACCCGGAGGCUGUGGGUUGGAAGCUGAGCCUGGAGGGGCCUCCCCAGGCUGCCCUCAGCAAUGUGAAUGGGUCCGGUGCUUGGAGCUGAGGGGCAGGGCUGGGCAUGUCCUGUCUGUGUGCAGAAUCCUAUCAGAUGCCCCCAGUCCCCGGGGGCAGCAGGCAGAGUGCUGUCUGCUGAGGUGGGCGUCCAGACCCUCACAGGGGCAGCCCUUUCCCUCAGUCCCCGUGGGCCCCCCUGGCAGCAGGCGCUGUCCUCUUGUUGGGUGCCAGGAAAGGGCCCCCAGCCUCUACAGCUUCAAGGAACGGGAGAGGGGAGGGCAGGACGAGGGAGCUGUGUGUAUCAAAAUUACUCCCCCUGCCUUUCCUCCCUGACCCAGGGCUGGCGAGGAGUGGGCCCCAAGGUGAGAGGGAACGGUGCUGCUUUAUUUGACAUGUUUUCUUACCUCAUUCCCUGCCCCAGGAAGGGGCCCAGCCUCACCCUCCUGGGGUGGCCCCACGGUCCUCCUGCCCACCCUGCCCUGCUGGGGCAGCCCAAGUUCCCGACUGCUGCUGCCACCCGUCACCUUGACCAGCUUCGGUUCCUCUCAGUGCUCCUCCCUCCAGAGCCUGCCCCGUUCCCCCUCCCUUCGCCGCUUUUAAGUUAUUUAUUCUGUACUUGUGGUCUGGGGCUCUGAGGAAAACCUGACUCUUGUGCCUCUCCCCCUUUGCUAGGAGUGGGGUGGGAAGCGAGGGUGGCCUUCACGCCCUGGGCUGUCAGUGGAGGGCAAGAGGGCGUCACGGCCCCUCUGGGACUGUCGUGCCAGUGUGCCCACCUGCCUGGUCUACAUCCUGGAGAGAUGUACUGCCCCACCUCCACGCGAGCACCACCACUCCCGGGAGCCACGCUGGAGGACUGCAGUCUGGGCCAAGUCCUCCGCCCUCCUCCCAGGAGGAGCCAUCCCCUAGCUUGGGUAGCGAGUACCCAGGACUGGUUGGACUGACUGGGGUUAGGGACCCUAGAGGGUUAAGAGAGCAACAGAGCGAGGGCUUGCCGUGCCCUGUCUGGAACUCCAAUCUCCCCCUGGGGUGGUUCUGAUUGUGGCUGAUGCCUGGUUACAGAUUCGUUUUUAACCCAAGAAUUGUGAUUAUUUUUUAAAGAGCCAAACACUUUGGCAGGAGACAGAAUAAAUCCUGGGGCCCCGGCUCCUCUGUUCUUGGCCCUGCUCAGCCUUCUCCCCACAUGGGGAAGCCAGAGGAAAAGGAGCAUCUCCACUUCCCGCAGAGCCUUGGCCGUGGGCGGGAAGGCCAAGGGCCACUCUCCCUUCUGGGAGGCAGCUGCAGUUCAGGCCCUAAUACACCCUUUCCCUCCUGGCCUCCCCCUUCCCCCCCUUCUGGUUGGAGAAGGGAGAAGGGGGGAGUAGCUUGGGAACUGGUUUGUCCACAUCCACGUCCCCAUUGUUCCUUGGCCCACCCUCAGGGCUGAGCCCCCUGCCCAGGCUGGGUGAGAUGGGCUUGGUCCAGCAGGAACCCUGAGGGAGCAGGCGAACCCCUUUUCUGGGGAGAGUGCCCCCUACCAUGUAGUUAAGCAGGGGCUCGGGGCUCCCCACUUCCCUCCCUCGAACAGCAGGCUGUGUGGGUUUCAGUUCCCAUCCUUCCCAGCCCGGCUAGGUGUCGUCUGCCCUGUAUCCUAUCAUGUGUCUGAGUGUGUGGGGGGUUCUGUACUAAUUCCCGGGGCCGGUGGCUUUUUCCUUCCAUGCAUCACUCCCCCCCGCAUGCCCAGGGGCCGCCCGCCUGGCAUUACCGCAUGCUGGGGUCGUUGGGGGAGGGGGGUGGGGCUCACGCUGUCCUGUGGUCUUGAGAUUUUUAUUUUUGCAUAUGUAAUCCAUCCUGUACAGGUAGCUAACUUUGUAAACGCUGUGUAUUCCCUCUGCCCCCAUGGCUGCUGGUGUAAAUAAACUGCAUCUCCCGUUGGUAGCCCGGCCUUCCCACCCU